UGUGGCUCGAAAUACAGACUGAACUUAAACCAACCACAAGAAUUCACCCACCUUGCAUCAAGACGUCGGACAUUACUUGCUUUAGACGCAUGAUACUUAGGCUCGGCCACCGAAACAAGUGCCUUCAUUGUCCGAGACUUGAUAAAUAAAUUGAAAAGAAGCUCACAACCAUGGCUCCCUCGGAACCAUCAACACAAUCUCCUCCUCCCCUCAGCACAACUGAUGAUGAGCCCGCUGCCCCAACGGAAAGCGAGCCACUACUUGGAGGACCAGGCGACGCUCUUCAAAAGCCAGACGCUCCUAUCUUCUUGAACCUCGUUCUUGGAACAGCCUGGCUCUCCCAACUUGGCGCUCUCCUCCUUCUCAUAGCCACCUGGUCGGCCGUCUUCCUCCACAAGCUCGGCGCUCUCAUCUCUCCACACCCAUUGCUCCAAUCCCUCGGCACCUUCCUCCUCAUCCAAGCGAUUCUAGUUCUCCAACCAACCUCCACCCCCGACGCCAAACGCCUCGGCCAGCGCAUCCACGCCUCCCUCCACCUCCUCUCCUUCCUCUGCUUUGUUUCGGGAAUUACCAUCAUCGAAACAAACAAACACGUCAACCACCUCGCCCACUUACACUCUCUGCACGCCUACCUGGGCGUGAUCACUGGCACUUUGCUGUUGGCCCAGUACGUGUUUGGGAUUUGUAUCUGGGCUGUCCCCGCCGUGCUGGGAGGGGAAGAGAAGGCUAAAAGUCUGUGGAGGUAUCAUCGGUACGCUGGUUACGGACUGUUGGUGUUGGUGCUGGCUACCGUGGCCGCGGCGGCGGAUACCGAUUAUAGUCGGAAUGUGCUGAAGAUCAAGGGGUGGACAUUCGGAUUGGGGAUUGCACUGGUUGUGGUGGGAGUUUAUCCGAGGGUGCAGUUGCGGAAAUUGGGGAUCAAUACUGCUAGGCAGGAGGCCACGCGUGCUGUUUAAGAUUUAUAGAUAAGGAAUGAAACUGAGGAUCGAAGGGGGGAAAAAAGGUUCGUGACGAUGGGCGGCCCGGCUGAGGCUCUUUUUAGGAGUGAGGGGCGCCUGCUGGAAGGGUUUUGGUUCGGUACUGCCCUCAUGGUGUUUAUGUUUUUCUUUGCUUUUCUUAUGCACACGGUAAUACGCUUUGGUCGCUGGGAACGUGGGAGAAAUCAGGGAGAUGAUGUUUGUUACAAGGUUUGAUGGGCACGACAAAUCGGAUUUAUGGGAUACCGCGACUAUGGCUCUUAUCAUCUUUGCUUUCGAUGAAAGCUACAAAACAGCGUUUGAACAUUCAGUCUUUGCUGAGGAUGAAAUCGGUUCCGAUCACUCAAUUUUACCAGCAGAUGAUUAGAUCA